CAUAGCUGUCAAGUCUCCCGUUUUGGCCGGGAAACUACCGUAUUUUAACCUCUAUUUUAUUUUAACCUUACAUUCUCCCGUAAAUCUCCCGUAUUACAAUAUAAUAAUAAAAAAACAUUCCUCUGCUUCUCUCUCUGAAUUCUGUCACUAGCCUCGCGAGAACUGCCACCUGCAGUAGCCUGGGUGGCAGUUGUCGCGAUAUUAGUGCCGACGGCGGGAACAAACCUGGAACAACAAAGGAGAGAAAUGGAUAGAUGUGACGAAAGGGAAGGCAUUCCUGCCAGAAAAAGAAAGACAUUGUGCAAAUAUCUUGAAAAAUGGGACAGCGAAUUUUCUUUUCUAAAGAAGAGCAGGAUGGGGCACAGUCACGCGUUCUGUAAGAUUUGUAACUGCGAUUUUAGUGUCUCCCACGGGGGAAGGAACGACAUCAGUCAGCAUGAAAAAUCGACCAAGCACAAGCGCUGGCUAGAGGCACAGAAACAUGCCCAGGCGAUGUCAACAUUUGUGACUAGAAAUACCACCGAGGCAGACCAGGUCAUAAAUGCGGAGGUUAAAAUGGCAAUGCUGUGUGCCAAGAACAAUGUUGCUUUCAACUUCUGUGAUGACUUCAACAAGUGUGUAGCUGAAAUGUUCCCGGACUCUGCUAUCGCACGGAAAUUCUCGGCGGGAAAAACCAAGGCUACCCAACUCAUCAAAGGUGCCAUAGCAACAGAGCUAGAUGACGAGUUGGCCAAAACAUGCCGAUCUCAGCCAUUUUCUGUGAUGUGCGACGAAUCGAACAACAGAAAAGGAAAUAAAGAAUUUGUCAUCCUAACUAGACUCUACAAUGAGGCCACUCUGCAGGUUGUUACAAGAUUCAUGGAGAUGUCUGUAUGCAACGUGGGAAAUGCAGAAAAUCUGUAUGAAAAACUGAGUGAAGCACUAAGAAAAAGAGGCAUCCCAUGGGAGAACCUGAUAGCCUUUAACUCUGAUAAUGCGAGUGUCAUGAAAGACAGACACAACUCUGUUAUCAGCAGACUGAAACAGAACCAGCGCCACGUCCAGGACCUCAGCUGCAUCUGCCACCUGGCACAGCUGGCCACUGGCUGUGGCAUCAGAGCAGCCCAGGUACCGGUGGAAGACAUCCUGGUGGGGAUAUACACCCACUUUGAUAAAAGUGCAAAAAGAUGUGAACUCUACAAAGGGUUUGUAGAUUUCACUGAUUCAGACCACCUGAAGCUCCUCGGGUACUGCAGCACCAGAUGGCUGAGUCUGCUAACCUGCAUCCAGAGAGUGUUGAACCAGUGGGAUGCACUGCAGGCCUACUUUAACAGUCAGGAGGAGGUGGAGAGGAGUGCCAAAGUGUGCGAUCUAGCAAGCCAUCUGCAUGAUCCAAUCGUGAAGGCUUACUUCAUGUUCCUGAGUGCUCCUAAGCCUUUAUAUGAAUUUAAUAUUGUCUUCCAGUCAGAGGCCGUGCAGAUUCACAGACAUGAAGAGGAGAUCUACAGGCUGAUCAAGAGGAUCCUGGGGUUCCUCAUACCAGCAUCAUGGGUGUACCUCUCAAGGAGGUGGAGUAUGGAGAAGGACAUCAGUUGGCUGAUGAAGAGCUCUUUAUAGGAGCAGAAACAAAGGCAUUUCAUGGCAAGGAAAGAGCUCCCUGUGUCAGCGGAGAAGAAA